UCAUUAUUCUCUGUGAAAAUCUGAGAAUCUUCAUGGACAUAUUUUUAAGGGGAAAAAACUAUCCAUACGUUACCCCCUGUGAGGGGUUUGAGGAGGGCUGCUGAAAAUCCCCCCCAACCUAGGAAGAAAUCAUGCACAUGAAAAAGGCAGGUAUGGGUGUCUCCGAAGAAAAAUUCUGUGUGGAGAGGAUCAUCCUGGAUGAAGUACGUUUGGGUGAAUUAGCACAACGGCAGAAUGAGAUAAAAGCAACCUCUUUAAAGGAAAAGGUCCGUGACUCUAUGAGAUGCUCUGCGGGGCAGUUAAAGAUUUGGAUUCUAACAUGGAUUCCAGUUCUCUCUUGGGUUCCCAAGUAUUCCAUCCAGGAAAAUGCUCUUGGUGACCUGGUUUCGGGUGUCAGUGUGGGAAUCAUGCACCUGCCACAGGGUAUGGCGUAUGCUCUGCUGGCUUCUGUCCCACCUGUGUUUGGUCUCUACACCUCCUUUUAUCCUGUACUCAUUUACUUCAUCUUUGGCACAUCGAGACAUGUGUCAGUAGGUACCUUUGCAGUGAUUAGCAUAAUGAUCGGGGGAGUCUCAGAGCGAUUGGCUCCUGAUGAUCGAUUUCUGACCAAUGGGACGAACGGAUCGGUCAUCGUGGAUACGGUGGCGCGAGAUGAGCUACGGGUGAAAGUGGCCGCAGCAACGACUUUGCUGUGUGGCAUCUUUCAAGUUUUGUUGGGAUUAGUUAGGUUCGGGUUUGUGGUGACGUAUCUCUCAGAGCCGUUGAUUCGUGGAUACACGACAGGUGCAGCUACUCAUGUGGUCAUCUCUCAGCUCAAAUACAUUUUUGGAGUCUCACCCAGACGAUUCAGUGGACCCCUGCAGCUGGGUUAUACUUUGGUGGAUCUGGGCAGUUUACUACCACUGACACACAUUCCCACUCUGGUGGUCAGUCUGGUGGCUCUCACAGCUCUGAUCAUUGUGAAAGAGAUAAAUUCCUGCUACGGUCACAAAUUACUUCUCCCUAUACCCAUAGAACUGAUGGUGAUUAUUGCAGGGACACUUGUUUCACAUUAUACUGAUAUGAGAGCUGUCAAUGGUGUUGAUGUGGUGGGAGAUAUUCCAAGUGGACUGCUGCCACCACAAGUUCCAGAGGUGUGUUACUUUUCCUCAAUAGUUGGAGAUGCUUUUGCAGUGGCUGUUGUGGGAUAUGCCAUCAACAUUUCUCUGGGCAAGACCUUUGCUCUCAAAUAUGGAUAUAAAGUAGACAGUAAUCAGGAGUUGGUGGCGUUGGGGCUCUGUAAUGUCAUUGGAGGAUUCUUCAAGUGCUACUCCGUCACUUCCUCGAUGUCUCGUAGUCUUGUCCAGGAGAGCUCUGGAGGAAAGACACAGGUUGCUGGAUUGAUAUCUGCUGUUAUUGUGCUCAUCACUGUUUUGAAGCUUGGCCCAGUUUUUGAGGCGCUGCCCAAAGCAGUGCUGUCCACCAUUGUGUUUGUGAAUCUGAAAGGAAUGUUCAUGCAGUGUCAAGAUAUUCCUGUUCUGUGGAAGAACAACAAAAUUGAUCUGCUGGUGUGGGUGGUGACUUUUCUCUGUACUGUUCUAUUAAAUCUGGACCUGGGUCUGGCAGCUUCUAUCAGCUUCACUCUUCUCACUGUGAUCUUCAGGACACAGCGUCCAAGAUACUCUUUACUAGGCAGGGUGCCUGACACAGAACUGUACUUAGAAACAGAGUCAUAUAAGGAGGCAAAAGAAAUCCCUGGUGUCACUAUAUUCCGUUCCUCUGCAAUGAUCUUCUAUGCUAAUGCUGAACUUUAUAAUGAGGCCCUACUGGAGAAGUGUGGAAUAAAUGUUGCAAAGCUGCUCAAGCUGAAAAAGAGAAAAAAAGAGGAGGAGAAACAUGCAGAGAAAAUGGCAAAAAAGAGACAAGUGACAGAACAAGAUAAGCAGACUGGAGUUCUGCGAGAGUUAGCAAACAGAAUGGUGAUCUCCAUGAGGAAUGUAAGUGAACAGAAACACAUUUUUAUUGACAACGGAAUAGCAACAGUUACCCAAGGCAACAUCAACUUGGGCUACCAGUCAGAGCAGGACUCAGAUCUUGAAGAUAAGGAGGAGCAGAAGAAGACAAACAUACACUCCAUCAUCCUAGACUUUACUCCUGUCAGCUUCAUCGACACAGUCACCCUGAAAACACUGAAAAAUAUAAUUAGAGAUUUUGCAGAGGUGGAUGUCACCGUUUACAUUGCUGGAUGUCAAGUGUGUGUAGUGCAGCAGCUGGAGAGAGGGGACUUCUUCUCAGAGUCCGUCACCAAAUGUCGACUUUUCCCAUCUGUACAUGAUGCUGUGCUGCACUGUCUGUCACAGUCUGGAAAAGAACUGCCCAGUUCUAAGUUUGCACUGGAAAUGCCCUGCGUUACAAGAUUGUAACCACCAGAUGUCAGCCUGUCUUUCUUCCAGACCAUGCUGUCUCUUUUUACUCAAUUCACAAUGUAGGACCCUGUGUUUCCAUGACAACUUAUGUCACUGUUGUCUUGUGAUUAUACCCUGGAUAGUAACAGAUCACAGAGAAAACAUCUGAAGACAUUUUUAGAAACUGUUUGAGAACUCAACUGUAAAAAACAGACUGCUUGUGAUUUGUAUCUCAAAUGAAUUGGUUAAUGCAUGUACAAAUUAUUAAAAUGACUGAAUUAAGAACACAUUCCUACAAAUAAUAGUUACAAAUAGGGCUGUGAAUUGAUUACAGUUUUAAUGGAAUUAAUUACAUCAAAUUAAGAAAUCAAAUUAAUCGCAUAUAUAAAUAUUUGCAGAGAAAGUCCCCCUAUACAAAAAUAUCUCAAUAUAUAAUGAUUUAAUAAUUAAUAAAAAAAUUAUAAGUAGGCUCUAAUAUAUGUAAUAAAUAGAAUAAUUCAGAUAAUAAAAAUACAUUUAUUGUGGCAGAUGAGUUAAAGGAAUAGUUCACCAAAAAAUGAAAAUUCUCUCAUCAUUUACUCACCCUCAUGUCAUCCCAGAUGUGUAUGACUUUCUUUCUUCUGCUGAACACAAAAAAUUUUUUGGGAAGAAUAUAUCUUCUCUGUAGGUCCAUACAAUGCAUGUGAAUGGUGAUUAGAACUCCCCAGCAUAAAAAUAAUCCAGUAGUUUAAUUAAAGUCUUCUGACGUGAUCCUGUUGGUUUUAGGUGAGAACAGACCAAAAUGUAACUCCUUUUUCACUGUACAUCUUAAAAGCAGUCUCUAGCCAUAUAGGAUCAUGAUUUCGAGCUCGAUUACACUUCCUAGUGCUUUAUGGUGCACAAGCUGUGCAAAAAGCACUUAAAGGCAGCACAAAAGUAGUCUUUUGUCUUCAGAAGUGAUAUAAGUGUGGGUGAGAAACAGAUUACAUUUAAUUCCACUUUCAUUAUAAAUCUCCACUUUUAAUUUUACUUUUACAUUCUUUUGUUUUUGGCGAUUUGCGCAUCUUGUUUCGAAGGCUGCGUGCUAGCUAGGACGUAUCCUUUGAAGGGUGCAGUAUACAGAGCAUCUUCCUUAAAACAAGCCUUGUUUAAACGAGACAAACAGAAACGGAAUGUAACAUGGUUGCUAUGGCAGCACGCCACUCUUUAACAAGCACGAGCGCUUUGAGUGAGAAGGGAACAAAGUUCCUUUGGAAGGGAAUGUAUGAGGUACAUUUUCGGAGAGUUAUGAUGUAAAAAGAAAAGAAAAUAAAUUUUACAGGUGUACUUUUAGUCUAUACUUUAUUUUAAUUAUAAAUGAAUAUAAUUAUACAUGUUAUAUACUCUGCACCCGUCUACUGAGGUACUUCAACUUGGGAAUUAACAUUCCUUGCAUUUGAACAUCAUAUUUAUGGGCAAAUCCGUUGAAGCAAAGAAUUGUGGUUGUGAGUGCCCACGAGGAAUACACCUCAUGCAUCCUCCGAAUUCCCGUGAAAGAAGGUCGCAAUCGAAGGCUUCAUUCGGGGUGUCCUACUCCCUUUUCUGAAAUGAGGCAGUAUUUUCUCACCUUUAAGCCAUCACAGACGUGUAAGAUUUUUAUAAGCACAUUUCAGCUCUGUUUGUCCAUACAAUGCAAGUAAAUGUGUGUCAUUAGAUUGAUGUCUAUUUGACGGUCCAAAAGGCAUAUUUAGGCAGCAUAAAAGUAAUCCGCAUGACUCCUGUCGAUCAUUAAAAGUCUUCUGAAGUAAACUGACAGGUUGGUGUUAGAAACAAAUUGAUAAUUAAAUUUUUUUUAACUUUAAAUCGUUGCUUCCGCCCAGGGACGGAUUAUGACUUGGGGUGGGGGGUGUUGGGGAUGGUUUUCAUUUUCAUUGUUGAUGGGUUUCCGAGUGGGGGGAUUGCCAAACUAGAUAAUGCGACCUUAAAGCCCACUGCUGUAUUGCUGUUUGAAAUAACUUAAGUCUCCUGUGACAUUGUGUUGUAUAUAUGUUCUUCCGAAUUCUCAAGUCAACGCACCUUUGCAUUUACGCCAUUGAUGCAUUGACUGCAGGCAGGAAGCGUUAAUAAAGUUUUUAUUUGUAAAGUUUCUAUUUACUUUUUACACAAACCAAUCGGUUUGCUUCAGAAGUCAUUCAUUGAUCGACUAGAGUUGUGUGGAGCUGAAAUGUGUUUAUUAAAAUCUUCACUCUGGUUCUGCUGAAGAAGGAGAGCCAUACACGUCUGUGAUGGCUUAAAGGUGAGUCAAUCGUGAGAGAAUUAUUUUUGAGUGAACUAAUCCUUUAAGAAGUUUUUUAACUGUUGUUUACCUGGAGUGCUCUCCAGGAUUCUGAAUAUUUUACUCAUGAUUGUCAAAAACAUUUAUUUAUUUUUUUGUCAGCUUGUUGUCCCAGGUGCUGGAGGAUAAACAGGAGCUCAUUAAUAGAUUUCUAAAUUUACUCUACAUACUAGUCAAUACAUACUCUGAGAAUCUGGCGUCCUGUUUAUUCCAUUUGUUAAACCUACUGAGUGGGGCCCAUCAGUGGUUCUGGUAAGAAAAAGCAUAUGUAUAUUCCAUACAUUUUAUGUUGUGUGAAUAGUGUGUGAGUAUAGUUCAUAUAUUUACAACUGUUUUGAGAAGGAAUGCUCUUAUGUGUAAUGACGUAAAUGGGAUUUUAGGUGUACAUCUCUGUGUGUGUUUGUAUUCAAAAAAAACUUGCAUUGCGUAUUUCAUAUUACAUUUUGUGAUACAUUUGUGUUUCCUAAGUCUUUCGAUACAACAAGAACACGGCGAAAUUGCUUUUAUCUGACGUUUUUCACUCAUGCAGCAAAA